AUGCAGUCCAUCCAGUACCUCGGGUCAGCCAUCGGGGGCUUCGUCUUCCUCACCGGGUCCAUCUACCUCGGCAUCAAACGCAAGCACUCGAUCCCGACGGACGCCAUCCAGGCGAUGGAGUUCGCGCAGUCCAGGGCGGACGCCAGGAAGGACGCGCAGGUUGAGGUGACGCUGGAAGAUGUAGGCGGUUUGGAGAACAUCGUCGAGGAUCUCAACGAGGUCAUCGCGUUCCUCAAAAACCCGGAGAAGUUCAAGCGGCUGGGCGCCAAACCCCCGAAGGGUUUGCUCAUGGAGGGCGGGCCCGGCGUGGGCAAGACCCUGAUCGCCAAGGCGAUCGCUGGCGAGGCGCAGGUUCCUUUCUACUCCAUGUCGGGCGCGGAGUUUGUCGAGAUUAUCGUCGGCGUCGGCGCGGCUCGCAUCCGGGAUUUGUUCAAGCGCGCGCGGAUGAACGCCCCGUGCCUUGUCUUCGUCGACGAGAUCGACGCGCUGGGCACGCGGCGCGCGGCGGCGGGCACGAAGGGCACCGAGGAGCACGAGCAGACGCUGAACCAGCUGCUGACGGAGAUGGACGGCUUCACGCCCGACACGGGCGUGGUUUUUGUGGGCGCGACCAACCGCGCGGAUCUGCUGGACCCCGCGCUCAUGCGACCCGGUAGGUUCGAUCGCAAGGUGACCGUGCCCCAGCCCGGCCUCGACGCGCGCGCCAAGAUUCUCCAGAUUCACCUCGCCAAGCGAAACGUGGACCCCGAGAUUGACACCCUCCAAUUCGCUAAGAACCUUCCGGGUCUCUCCGGCGCUGAGCUCGCGAACAUCUGCAACGAGGCGGCCGCCAUCUCCGUCCGCCGCGGGUCCGACAUCAUCGAGACCGUGGACGUGAUGGAGGCUGUGGACAGGGUGACGAACGGUCUCAGGCAACCGCUGUUCGACAAGGAUGACGAGACGGUGCACCGCCUCACCCGCCACGAGCUCGGCCACGCCGUGGUCGCGACGGUUCUCUACAAGAGCACCGGUCUCAUCGAGGCUGUCGAGCGCGUCAGCAUCAUCCCACGCGGCCGAGACCCGACGCAAACCUCCUACAACCGAAAGAGGGACGAGGAUUACAUGUUCCCCACCCGCGCUCGUCUCCUCGAGCGCGUGCAGGUGUUGAUGGCGGGCCGAGCCGCCGAGGAGGUUUACUACGGGAACGACAUCACCGAGUACAGCUUCGCGGACAUCAGGGACGCCAACGAUCUCACCCGCAACGUCGUCGUCAACUAUGGCCUC